AUGAGAAUUAGAAGUAGAUCGUCAGCUGGAGCCAAAGGUGCAGAGCGGGAGUUAAAAGAUCUGGUCAGUUUGCCUGAAAAUGGUAACAAAUGCGGUGAAUGUGGGAGCGCGGUUCCAACUUGGUGUUCUAUUAACUUAGGCGUCUUUCUAUGCGGCAGAUGUGCCUCUGUCCAUCGUAAAGUGUUUUCAUUGAGGGAUGAUGACGCAUACUCAGAUGUCAAGUCCUUGUCGUUGGAUCGCUGGAGCGAAAGAGACUUGGAUGAUUUGUCGCGCAGUGGUGGUAAUAAACAUAAUAACGAACUUUGGAAUCCUAAGAGAGUUCCCUUUCCCUUUGAUGGUGACGAGGACAAGAGUGCUGUUGAGCAAUUCAUUAGGUCAAAGUAUAUCGACGGCAUUUUCAGAAGCUCACCAAUAGAACCCGAGGACUAUGGGAUUAGUGGGAACCGAAGAAGAACAAGCAGCAGAAGCAGAAGUGGAAGUAAAGUUAGACCCAAUCUGCGUCCUAGCAGAAGUUAUGGCUCUUCAGGUGAUGUGCCCAGUUUAGGUAAUCGUCAGGCCAGAGAUUACGAACUAAGCAGGUACUCUCGCGAACUAAGAACCCUGAAGGAAAUGGGAUACGACGACAUUGAUCACAACGCGGAAGCGUUGAGUCACGCACAUGGUGAUUUGAACCGAGCCAUCGAUAUACUAGAAAGAUACAAUCGCAGAAACGGCAGUAACGCUGGUUCAGCCUAUAACAGUAGAAACAGUUCGAGGCUGAACUCAAGAGCUGCUUCAAAGACAAAUCUGUCUACACCGGAUAUAAAUCCACCUUUACCAAAGAGGCGUGGAAAUUCCAGUGCACCCCAACCGGCCGUCUUUGACGGUACCGACGAAAGCAUGGUGCCCAACAUUACCGGUCAACAGCCACAACCCGUAGGCAUUGACGGAAUGACAGGCCAGGCGGUACAACAAUACUUUGAUCCAGCUACCGGAAUGAUCUACGUGGACCAACAAGAGUAUCAACAACAACAACAACAACUUCUUCUACAACAACAGCAACAACAACAACUACUCAUGCAACAACAAAUGCAACAACAACAGUAUCAGCAACCACAAGUAGACCAGAGUAAUCUAAUGAAUCUAUACCAGCGUCCUGACUUAUACACGACACCAGUGGAGAUCAAUCAAACUGGUCCACAGUAUCAACAAGUACAACAAUUACAACAACAACAGCAACAACAGCAACAACAGCAACAACAGCAGAUGCUACAAAUGCAAAUGACCCAGCAGUCACAAUUACCUCCAGGGCAGACACAACAGAUGUAUCAAGGCUACUACAUGCAAUAG